GGCGGCGGCGGCCAUGGAGCCGCCCGGGCAGGUCAAGGACCGCAUCCUCGAGAACAUCUCGCUCUCCGUCAAGAAGUUGCAGAGUUACUUUGCCGCCUGUGAGGAUGAGACCCCAGCCAUCCGGAACCACGACACUGUCCUGCAGCGGCUGUGUGAACACCUUGACCACGCGCUGCUUUACGGGCUCCAAGAUCUCCCUUCGGGCUACUGGGUCCUGGUGGUCCACUUCACCCGCCGAGAAGCCGUCGAGCAGAUCGAGGUCCUGCAGCAUGUGGCUACUAACCUGGGGCGCAGCCGAGCGUGGUUGUACCUGGCCCUCAACGAGAACUCCCUGGAGAGCUACCUGCGCCUCUUCCAGGAGAACCUGGGUCUGCUGCACAAGUAUUACGUCAAGAACGCACUUGUCUGCAGCCACGACCACUUGGCCCUCUUCCUCACUCUGGUGUCCGGCCUGGAGUUCAUCCGGUUCGACUUGGACCUGGAUGCCCCGUACCUGGACCUGGCACCAUACAUGCCGGAAUACUACAAGCCCCAGUACCUGCUGGACUUCGAAGACCGCCUGCCCAGCUCAGUCCACGGCUCGGACAGCCUCUCGCUUAAUUCCUUCAACUCGGUCACUUCGACCAACUUGGAGUGGGACGAUAGCGCCAUCGCACCGUCCAGCGAGGAUUAUGAUUUUGGAGAUGUCUUUCCCGCGGUGCCGUCCGUGCCCACCACAGCCUGGGAAGAGGGGGACCUGACAGACACCCUCAGCUGCCCGCCUUCGGGGACCUCGGAGCUCGCCAGCCGGGCUUCGGCCAAGAGCCCGACGCAGCGCCACAACCCGUUCAAUGAGAAGGCGGAGGCGCUGUCCUCUGCCGAGACCACGCCGGUGCACUCCGCGUCGCAGGAGAAGGCCGAGGGGACGACGGAAGGGACGAGCCAGUCGGAGGGCUGCACCGAGCUGGAGGUCAUCAGGUUAGCCAAAAAGAAGAAAACGGGCAAGAAGAAGAAGGCCAGGCCAGAGGAGGCUCCCGUUUCUGCUUCCGCUGCCGCCCAGGCGGGAACUCAAGGGACAGGCCAGGGGAGCAGGUCUGGAGCCGGGCAGCCAGAAUCCGGCCUGGAGGCCGACCCGGAAGCAAGUGCCGAGGCGCCGGAGCUCUCCCAGCUGGGCCUGUGGAUCCCCGAGAUGAAGGACGCUUCCAUGGAGAGGAUGGGGCAGCCGCUGAGCAAAGUGAUCCACUCGCUGGACAGGCAGCUGGUGGCGGCAGGCGGGUGGAGCGCUCCUCCAGAACCGCCGGACCAGUCCUUUCGGACCAGCCCGCCAGGGGAGGUCCCCCCGGAGGGGCCAUCCUCUGGCAGCUUUAGCACGGGGAUUUCGACCCCCAUGGACUUCUACCGCUUUACCGUCGAGAGUCCAAACGCUCCUGCAGCAGGUGGUGGCCACCAUGACGCUGCAGGGGAUGGCCAACCGCCACAUGUUCCUGGUGGCCUUGAGGCUGCUCAACAAGAGGAGGAAGGAGGAGGAGGAGGAGGAACUGCUGUGGAACCAGCCGUAGCCCCGCAGGAGGGGGCGGAAGGGGAGCCCGGCGGCGUGGAGGCCCUCAGCAGGCUGACGGGGGACCGGGGGAGCCCUUCUCCCAGCAGUGCCGAGGACUCCGGCGUUGAGGAGGGGCAGGGGAGCCCUUCUGAGGCCGCUCACCCCUCGGAGUUCAGAGUGGACAACAACCACCUGUUGCUGCUGAUGAUCCAUGUCUUCCGGGAGAACGAGGAGCAGUUGUUCCGGAUGAUCCGCAUGAGCACUGGGCACAUGGAGGGGAACCUGCAGCUGGUCUACGUCCUGCUGACCGACUGCUACGUCUAUCUCAUCCGGAAAGGAGCCGCCGAGAAGCCGUACAUGGUGGAGGAGGCCGUCUCCUACAACGAGCUGGACUACAUCUCGGUGGGUCUGGACCAGCAGACGGUCACCUUGGUCUGCACCAACCGCAGGAAGCAGUUCCUCCUGGACACGGCCGACACCACCCUGACCGAGUUUUUCCUGCUCUCCCUCAAGUCGGCCAUGAUCAAGGGAUGCCGAGAGCCGCCGUACCCAAGCAUCCUGACUGACGCCACCAUGGAGAAGCUCGCGCUGGCCAAAUUUGUGGCCCAGGAGUCCAAGCGGGAGGCCUCCGAGGUGGCAGUGUGCUUCUACGGGCUCAUCCACUGGGAGGACCCCAUGGACGAGGCCCUGGGGCCGGCCCCCUCCCACUACCUCUCGGCCGAGAGCCCCAUCGCGAAGGAGGGCGUGCUGAGCUACAAGGCCAGCACCAACUACCUGGGCAAGGAGAACUGGCGGCCCUGCUUCGUGGUGCUCAGCAACGGCAUCUUGUACCAGUACCCGGACCGCACCGACGUCACCCCGCUGCUGUCUGUGAACAUGGGUGGGGAGCAGUGCGGCGGAUGCCGGCGGUCGAACGCCACAGACAGGCCCCACUCCUUCCAGGUGAUCCUGACCGACCGCCCCUCCCUGGAGCUGAGCGCCGAGAACGAAGAGGAGAUGGCGGACUGGAUGCAGUUCCUGUGCCAGGCGGUCUCCAAAGGGGUCGCCCCGCAGGGCGGGCUCCCGGCCCCCUGCGUCCCCUGCUGCCUGGUGGUGACGGAGCAGAAGAUCUUCACGUGCCACGAGGACUGCCAGACCAGCUUCUUCCGCUCGCUGGCCACGGCCGAGCUGGGGGACGUUGCCUCCGUCUCCCUAGAGGCCGGGCGGGAAUACUGUAUCGUGGAGUUCGCCCAGGAUCGCAAGCAGUACCUGCCGCCUUGGGUCCUCUACUUUAGUUGCACUGCAGAGCUGGAGCGCUUCCUCUCGGCGCUGGACACUGUGUGGAAAAGCGCUUACCAGGUCGACCUUUCGCACAAGCUGAUCGAGAACAGCGCCACCCGGAAGAAAUGCGAGGACGCCCUGGGCUUGAUCCACAGCGCGUGGCAGCGCAGCGACAGCCUCUGCCGUGGCCGGGCCUCCCGGGACCCCUGGUGCUAGCUCCAGCCGGCCGAGACGGACAGGGCUCUGCGCAGGGGAAGAGGCCUUGCUUGGCCGCCUGGCGAGCCGGGGCCGCGCAGCGUGGGGGCAGGCGGGCCGGCGGGCGCUCGGGCCUCUCCGGAGGGCGGGCCGGCUGCAGGGCAGCUCCGUGCGCUGCCGCUUGCGCGUUGGGUUGACGGUCGCUCAGCCGGAGCUCUCCGGAUGUCUUUGCACUGAGCCGGGAAGGAGCGGGCCCGUUCGUCUCCGCCGAGGGCCAGCCGCACGCACGCCACGCCCCGUGCACCGUGGCGCUUCUCACCCAGCCCCUGGCUCCUCCUGGCAGGGGGCGGCCGCCCGGUGGGCAGGACUCGCGUGCCGCCCAUCAGCCGUGGCCGCACCACGUCCCUUGCUUCCGGGGUGAGCCGGCGGACCUCACGGGGCUCAGUGACCUCUUUCAGGGGAUAGGGAUCUCUUUUGGGCGGGGGCUGCGGGCAGGGGUGAGGGCCCCCGCUGGUGUGGGGGGCGUCCCUGGAGUGCCAAGGCAGUCCAGAGGCCGUGCCUGGUGGCCGCUCCGCUUUCGGUCUGGGGCGAGGUGGGAGCACCGCGGGUGCCCUGCAUGUAUUUCUCCUCGGAACGAUCGCCAACAUCCCGCUGUGCUCCACCUGGAGACGCGCCCCCGCUUGCCCACUCCCUCGCGGUUCUCCUUCCUGGCUGGUGUCGCUUCACGAAGAGCCCCCCCUGCCUCUCCCCGGGGCCUCUGGGGGCCGAGCGGGGGCAGUGAACUGGGCCAUGGGGCCGCGCUGCGUCUUUUUCCUCGCUUGGCCAGCAGGUGGCAGUCUGUCCCAGGGCUGGCCUGGCUCUCCUGGGGAGGUGGGCUGUGGGCUCCCCAUGGCUCCCCAUGGAGGCCGGGCAGGGCAUCCGCAGCCCCUCAGCCCGUUCACGGGUCCCCACGUUCUCCCCAACGCGGCUGAAGCACUAGGUGUGAGUUGCUUUGCCGAGCCCUCAUUUGCCGGCGCCUGCGCAAAUCGCGCUGCCUCGCAUCCCCAUCAUCCCCAUCCCGCCCGCUUGGUGGAAGGCUAGCGUGGCUCGCGGGCCGUGCGGUCGGGAGCGCGGAGGCGUUGCUUGGGGCACGCGGUGGAGGUGGCAGGAGGUCGCCAGCUCCCGUCUCCGAGAGCGAAUCCAUCGGGACCUUGCCGCUUACUCACUCCCAGUGCAUCCUCGGUAGACAGCCAGGGUUGGGGCUUGGUUUGCCUGGCUCUUUUAAGUUGUUUCAUAUUUUUAAUAUUCUUAAUUUUAACGACUGUGGGACUUGCUCAUGUACCACAUGGCUCGCAUGGGGGCUCUUCCCCAGCAGGAGGUCUCCGUGAGAGAAUGUACCUGUACAGACAUCUCUACCCCUCCCUGUAAUAAACGGUCCUUGGUAACUGG